GCAACGUUGACAUGUGAUGUGCGGUUUAUCAGUGCUUAUCUAUAUUCGAUUUCCCCAAUUCUUAUAGCAAUUUACCAGUGCUAGUACUUAUUUCUUCAAAUAUUUUUCCUAUUUUUGUAUACAAAAUCCUAAAAUUACAGAUAUAUUAAUUAUUGUAAGUGUAGGUAUACUGAGUGAUAUUUUAUAAUUUACAAUGGCUGAAGAACUCAAACCAGUGAAUGAAGAAGAUUUUAAACUACUAAAGGAGAGAAUGAAUUUAAUUGCUAGUGCAGAUCCCGCACAGUAUCAUAAUGAUUAUUCUUUACGUAGAUAUUUGAGAGCUUUUAAAAGCGUUGACAGUGCAUUUCAGGCUAUUUUAAAGACAAACAAAUGGAGAACUGAAUAUGGAGUACCAGAGCUUCACGAAAAUAAAGAAUUAAUCGAAAAAUAUAAUGAUAAAGCAAGAGUACUAAGACAUAGAGAUAUUAUUGGUAGACCAAUUAUCUACAUUCCAGCCAAAAAUCAUAGUUCAAGUGACAGGAACAUUGAUGAUCUUACUAAGUUUAUUGUAUAUUGUUUGGAAGAUGCAAGCAAAAAAUGUUUUGAAGAAGUAGUAGACAAUUUAUGCAUUGUUUUUGAUUUAAACAACUUCACAUUGUCAUGCAUGGACUAUCAGGUACUCAAGAACCUAAUUUGGCUACUCAGUCGACACUAUCCGGAGAGGCUUGGUGUUUGUUUAAUAAUAAAUUCACCAGCAUUUUUUGCUGGCUGCUGGGCUGUGAUCAAAGGAUGGUUAGAUGAAAAUACAGCUGGAAAGGUGACAUUUGUGAAUUCAGAAAUGGAUCUCUGCCAAUAUCUUAUUCCUGACAUUUUACCAACUGAUAUGUAAUUUAUACAAGUUUUGAUGAUAAAAAUAUGACUUUUUGAAGCAAUGCUUCUAAAAUAACU